UCAUGAAACAAAGUAGCCUAGUGUUCGUUUUCGUACUGUAUUGUUUGCAUGAGUGUGGUCCAAAUGUAAUGAAGGUGGUUUGUAGGCUUGCCCAGUUGUUAGAGGAACGAAUAGAUGACCCAACGGUUGGAGGAUAAUGUGCAUCAACUCUUUCUUGGUGGGUGCAGAGAGAGAGAGAGAGCGAGCGUGAGAGAGCAAGAGAGAGAAACCAGCCAGUCGCCGGAGUAGACUGGAGGAUGCUGUACAAACACUGCUCUACGAACACUCCUCUUAGCUUGAGGGAAUAGAUGAAGAAAGGAUGAGAUUAACACUAUUAUUCACGUUGCGACUUUUGUUAUCUAAGUUGAUAGCCGGAGGCUUUACGCAUCGCGGAACAGUGCAACCAGUUCGGAGAAUGUGUUUAGGAGGAUGGAUACCCACGCGUCAGUAGGAUUUAUGUUUCCAGGUAAAGGGAUUGAAGAAUAAUAACUAAAGCUACCUUUUUUUCACCCUGAAUCUGUUUCAUCGCAAGAUUGUAAAGGUGCAGCGAUCAGGGAAGGCUGAUGACGGACCUAUUCAUUCGGUCAGUGCAGCAGAAGCACCAAAAGGUUCUGGAACCAUUUGGAUGGAAUUCGGGCAAAUGUUUAGACUUGCUUUUGGUUUUAUAUGAAACUGGUGACUAGUAUUUGCGAUUUUUCUCUCUCUGGAAUUUUGAUAUUCUCAUUCAAUAAAUUAGAACUGAGAGGAAGACAUUUGCCAGGUUAUCAAUUGUAUAAAUUUUUUUAUUUUUGGGAAGGUGGAAUGAUAUUGCGGUUUGCUGUCCAUUUCGCAUCUCCCUUAGAUCUCAAUCGUUUUCUCUUGAAGUAUUCCUUUAUCUAAAUGGAAUUAGUUGAGCCUAAAGCCCCUUGUGAAAGGUCCAGACAUGGUAUAUGGGCACAGCCUCCUUCACGUUGUUGCAAGCCUACUCAUACUUGGGUUGUCUGGGGCAACGAAGAAGGAAGCAUUGAAGAACAAUUCGGGAGUGAAGCCUGCAGGUCAAUGUGGCACCUGGGUGAAGGAAGGAGACGGGGGACUGUUCACUUCUCCCAACUACCCCAGCAAAUACCCCCCAGGAAUAGAGUGUGUUUACAUCAUUGAAGCUCCUCCCAGGCUGUGUAUUCAUCUGUUCUUUGAUGAGAGGUAUUCUAUCGAGCCUUCAUGGGAAUGUAAAUUUGACAACAUUGAGGUGCGGGACGGCCCCUUUGGCUUCUCCCCAAUAAUCGGACGCUACUGUGGCCAGACCAUCCCUCCCUUCAUCAGGAGCAGCGGACGGUACCUCUGGGUAAAAUUUGUUUCCGAUGGCGAACUGGAGGCGAUUGGAUUUUCGGUGAAUUACAACUUCACUGCAGAUCCGGAUUUUGGAGACCUUGGGGUGCCCCAGCCUUUGCCCUUCUGUGAGUUUGACAUGGGAGGACCAGAGGGGAUAGUGGAGUCCAAUCAGAUCACCAGAGAUGGAAAGGCGUUAGCUACAGAGGCUGUGGACUGCAAAUGGUUCAUCCACGCUCCUCCACGCUCCAAGAUCUACCUGCGUUUCCUAGACUAUGAGAUGCAGAACAGUAACGAGUGUAAGCGUAACUUUGUGGCGGUGUACGAUGGCAGUGCAUCCGUGGAGGACCUGAAGAACAAGUUCUGCUCUACGGUGGCCAACGACGUGAUGCUGGUGUCCACCACGGGGGUGAUCAGGAUGUGGGCCGACCAGGGCAGCCGAAAAAGCCGCUUCAGGAUACUCUUCACCACCUUCCAAGAACCUCCAUGCGAGCCGGAUGCCUUCUUCUGUCACAGUAACAUGUGUAUUAACAACACCCUGGUGUGUAAUGGUAUUCAGAACUGUGUCUACCCCUGGGACGAGAACCACUGCAAAGAGAAGAGGAAAGCUAACAUCCUGGACAACCUGAACAACACCAACGGCACCAUCAUCGGCGUCACCUGCUGCAUCGUCCUCAUCCUCCUCAUUGUGUCGGUUAUCGUUCAGAUCAAACAACCCAGGAAGAAGUACAUCCUCCGGCGCGAGGACUUUGACCCCACCAUGUUCCAGGAGGUCUUCGAGCCGCAGCAUUAUGGGCUCUGCACGUUACGCAGCACCACGCAUGCCACCGCCGCCUCGGCGGAUAUAGUAGAUCUAGCAGAGGACUUGGAGAACUACCACGCACUGCACCGCUCGUCGUCGCGGUGCGUCCAUGACCACCAUUGUGGAUCCGCCUCCAACCCUGGUUCCGCCCACCUGUCCCAGCUGUCACUCAGUGGGCGGGGAAGCCGCGGGCACCUGAGCGCACGCGGGGCCGCAGCCCUCCUCACGGACCUUCCACCGCAGUCGGUACGGCCGCUGCUGCCCAGCGUUGCCACGGGAAACCGGCGCAGCAUCCUAGUGAUGAAGCACAGCUACUCGCAGGAAGCGGCCGACAAUGGGUGUGACCUCGACGACGACCUGGACGAGGUUCCCACGACGAGCCACCGACUGUCGCGUCACGAGAAGGCAGUCCAGCGGUUCUGCCUCAUUGGCUCUUUGAGCAAACACGAAUCAGAACACAACACGACUAGGGUCUAAGACAAUCUCAAGAUACUUCAGAAAGAUGCAUCAUUCUUCUGCAUCUUGCCAAGUUUGACAAUUUAUGGAAGUAACAUUAAUCUCCCUCAUGAGAACUGUUGCAUUGAGCGACAUUUCUUUUUUAGAGUGUUGUGAUAAGAAGAAAAAAAACGUUUUUUUUUGUGUAUGCGUUGGCUUGUUUUGAUGACAGCUGUGAUAUGCCCUGUUGGUGUUCAUCAAAUGGCUGAGAUUGUAAAGCCAGAGACACGUACUGAUACUUUCGGAUACUGGACUGAAACUUUAAAAGAUACAUAAAUACCUUAAAUGUACAUUGUUCAUGGACUGUACCUGAACCUGUUCUUUUAAACUUUUUUUUUAUUUGUAUUUAACAUCAAAACACAUGAGGACGCCAUUUUGGUACUGAAAUCCCAUCUGGAAACCCACUGUGUCACUGUUAUGUUUCCUACACUCUAUUAGGGCUCAAGUUCUUUCCCCGGACAAAGUUUCAAACCCCAGAGAAUGUUGUGAUGUCAGAAGAGUAUAAACUGUAUAGUGUUCCAAGCCAUUGGACACGAAGGGUCUCCAUGUUGGUGCUUUCUGAGGACUGAAAUGGGACAUUGGGAUGUAUAGGUAAUUUCUAUGGCAGCCACAGGUCUCAUCAGGAUGUAAUGAAAUUGGUUUUGAGAAUUCCCAGUCAGAUUUCCAACUAGGAACCCAAACAUUGGGAAUGGUUAUAUUUGAGGCUUGUCUAUGCACACUAGACUACAGUAAGAAAAGUGGGCUCAAUUAUUAGGCUACUACAUAAUCCCUUGAUUGCCCAACAGCCUUAGGCCUUCUUUGCAUUAACAUCAAUAUUUUAUUUCCUGUCUUUCAGAAUAUGUCUGAGACCCCUCUGUUUGCUGAGAUCUCUACUUUGUUUGGUAACACAUUAAAUAAAUGCUGGGCAGAAUGUUUUCAAUAAACUGAUACUAAAUCUUA